GUUGUGGAUCGCACGGGUACCAUCACCAACAUCAAGCGCUGCCUCACUCCACGCUUCGUGACUCCAUUGACCGCCCGCAACGAAACUCAGGCUCUAUUCCGCCUCGAAAUGCCACCCAAGAAUGCGACAGCGAACGCCGCGCGCCGGAAAGGCCCGUCUUUCAAUCCACCAAGACCCGUGGGUGCGCCUUCCCAAGCAUCCACCGCGACGAAACGCGCCCCAGCGACGACAUCCCGCGCGACAGGCGCCACAAAGAAGGGCAAUGCUGCGCCCUCGAAGACUGCCUUUCAACCAGCCGCCGAUGUUAUUGAUCUGUCCGACGAUGAUCAGGACGAAGAGCUCGCGGAGGAUCUGAACAUCUCCGACUUCGACGACAUUAUGGACGAUGCACCCACUACCAAUCCGCCGCCGCCGCCGCCAGCAGCAGCCAACGCUGCCCUCGCCGAACCCGUCAUAUCCCGAGCGCUCCUUGCACGCCUACUUCUCGAGAACUUCGAAGACCCGAACAUACAGAUACAGACGGGUGCGAUGAGGCUGGUGGGCAAGUACAUUGACAUCUUUGUCACGGAAGCUUUCCUCAGAAGUCAGGACGAAAUGAAGGCAGCGGCAAAGGAUGGAGCUAGCAUCGAUGGUUUUCUCCAGGUGGAAGAUCUCGAGAAGCUGGCACCCCAACUUGUGUUGGACUUCUGAGAGUGCCGUACGCAUGAAGAUGCGAUGAUCCUGCGCAGACCAGCGACGGAGUGAGAAAGACAACCAGCUACUAUCUGGGUGUAUGCAAGUUGUUUGGAUAUGGGUU